AUGGAGGAAAAGGCUUCACAGAAAGCGUUACUAACGCAAACUGUAAAUGAAAUUGUCAAACUCCUAAUCGAUGCUCAUAAUCAAAAAAAGGACAUCAAUUUGAAUCGACUAAAGUGUUUGGUUGCUCAAAAGAAUGGUUUAAGUUUCCAACCAAAACUUGUCGACAUAAUCGCCGGUGUUCCUGCUGACUUCAAGGAUGCUCUUCUUCCAAAACUCAAAGCAAAACCGGUGCGAACAGCUUCCGGCAUUGCAGUUGUCGCCGUGAUGAGCAAACCCCAUAGAUGUCCGCACAUCAAUUUCACUGGAAACAUUUGCGUCUAUUGUCCUGGAGGUCCGGACUCCGAUUUUGAAUAUUCAACGCAGAGUUAUACCGGAUAUGAGCCGACGAGUAUGCGAGCCAUUCGAGCAAGGUAUAAUCCGUAUCUUCAGACUCGUGGCCGUCUCAAUCAACUUAUUCAGUUAGGGCAUUCUGUUGACAAGGUAGAGUUCAUUGUAAUGGGCGGAACUUUUAUGUCGCUUCCUGAAGAUUACCGUGAUUACUUUAUCAGAAAUUUGCAUGAUGCUCUCAGUGGGCAUACAUCAUCAUCGGUUAAAGAGGCGGUAGCGUAUUCAGAACGAAGCAAGAUGAAGUGCAUCGGAAUCACAAUCGAAACCCGGCCGGACUACUGCUUGCCUCGUCACCUGAAUGAUAUGCUUCUUUACGGCUGUACAAGAUUAGAAAUUGGAGUGCAAUCGACAUAUGAAGACGUUGCGAGAGAUACGAAUAGAGGACAUACAGUAAAAUCAGUAUGUGAAACAUUUCACAUGGCGAAAGACACCGGCUAUAAAGUGGUUAUUCACAUGAUGCCUGAUUUGCCGAAUGUCGGAUUAGAAAGAGACAAAGAGCAAUUUCUAGAAUUGUUUGAAAGUCCCCAUUUUCGGCCAGAUGGCCUGAAACUUUAUCCGACAUUAGUUAUCAGAGGAACUGGGUUAUAUGAAUUGUGGAAAACAGGAAGAUAUCAGAGUUAUCCACCUUCAGUUCUGGUUGAUCUCGUUGCCACAAUUUUAUCUCUUGUCCCUCCAUGGACUCGUGUCUACCGUGUUCAACGAGAUAUUCCAAUGCCUUUGGUCUCAUCAGGUGUUGAACACGGAAAUCUUCGCGAACAUGCAAUGGCGAAAAUGAAAGAGCUUGGACUGAAAUGUCGAGAUGUUCGAACAAGAGAAGUCGGAAUUCAAGAAAUUCACAAUAAAGUUCGGCCAGAAGAUGUUGAGCUCAUUCGAAGGGAUUAUGUCGCGAAUGGAGGAUGGGAGACGUUCAUUUCGUAUGAAGAUCCAAAACAAGACAUUCUCAUCGGGUUACUCAGACUCAGAAAAAUUUCUGAUAAGGCACAUCGACCAGAAUUAAAGGGGAAUGUGUCUGUGGUUCGUGAGCUUCACGUUUAUGGUUCUGUUGUUUCGGUUGCUGACAGGGAUCCAAAAAAAUUCCAGCAUCAGGGUUAUGGCCAGCUGUUAAUGGAGGAAGCAGAAAGAAUUGCUCGAGAGGAGCAUGGAUCAGUUAAGCUUGCUGUGAUUUCUGGAGUUGGAACCCGAGAUUAUUACAGAAAACUUGGAUAUGAAAUUGAUGGUCCAUAUAUGAGCAAGUCAUUGUUGGAUAAUGUUUGA